AUGGCCAUCGAGGAGCUGCGCAGCGGCCGCUUCUGGCGGGGGGUGCUGGCAGAGCUGCUGGCCACCCUCAUCUUCGUGGGGGUGGUCUUGGGGGCUUCGGCAUCCCCAGAGCAGCUGGCACCGGCCCUGGCAGGGGGGUUGGUGGCCGGGGGGCUCCUCUGCACCCUCGGGGGUCCCCAGGCCAACCCUGCCUUGACGCUGGCCCUGCUGUGCACCCGCAAGCUGAGCGCCCUGCGCGGGGCCGUGGGGGUCCUGGCCCAGUGCACGGGGGCCACGCUGGCCUCUGCUGCUGCCCGGGCAGCGCUGCAGGAUGGCACCGGCCUCGUCACCAGGGUGAGCGUGGCAGGGACAGCGGGGACAGCGCUGGCAUGGGAGACCUUUGCCACCUUCCAGCUGGCACUGGCUGCCUUUGCCACCUCUGAACACGCCGCCCCACAGGCUGGGCUGGCCCUGGGCAGUGCUGUGACCGCCGGUGCCCUGGCUGCAGGGCCGUUCUCAGGGGGCAGCAUGAACCCCGCGCGCUCGCUGGGGCCGGCCAUCGUCACCGGGCUCUGGGAUGAUCAUUGGGUGUACUGGCUGGGCCCGGUGCUGGGCGCGGUGCUGGCCGGGCUCUCCUACGAGUUCAUCCUGGCACCGGGAGCGUCCCGGGAGAAGCUCAGCGCCUGCCUCGCCUGCCGGGACGUGGCUCUGGUGGAGACCCCCAGCCUGUCCCCCUCCUCGGUGUCCCAGUGCCCCCCACCACCCUCCCCAGGCGAGCAGGGCACUGCCUGA